AUGGAAGAGUCGGUUACGACAAAACUACAUCACCAAGAACCAUCGGCUAAGCGCAGGAGGGUGCGCAAGGGGACGCGGUCAUGCUGGGAAUGCAAGCGGCGGAAGAUCCGGUGCAUCUUCUCAUCCCCCGAUGAUGUCGCUUGCAUCGGCUGCCAGCACCGGCGUGCUCCCUGCGUCAGUCAGGACAUGCCCGAGGAUUUGUCUCCGGCAAGAAAAGGCAACCGGCAUCUCAGCGAACGCAUCGCAAAAGUCGAAGACUUCAUCAAGGACUUUGUUGCUAGCAAACACGCUGGUGAAGGAGAGCCAUUGCAAGACAGGCACUCGGAUCAACCAAAGACUCACUCAGAUGAUUCAGCGCCCGUAUCAGUUCGAGCUACACGAACACUUGACUCGCAACCUGUAUCAGGUCGAGCCAAAACUGAGACAACCGCCCUCCAUCACCUAUGGGCGGCCUUUCCAGCUGAAGAUGAUGCCAAGAUCCUGCUCAGGGAGAGCUCAAGACCGUCGCUUUAUACCGAUUUCAUCAACACCCAGCCGCAUAGUAAGCUGACGCUCGAGUCGCUUGCCGCGCCGCACCCGAUGCCUCAACUGCCUAGUCCCAACACCCAUCCGGUCAUUCUGGCCAAACGGAUGCUCAUGUUUGCAAUCACUCUACAGAGUCCGUGUGGGGAAAAGGUUUGUGGUCUUUCUGAACCACAAGGCGUACUCAUGUCUCGCUUGAAGACGGCUGCAACGACAUGGAUAACGACAAAGGAGGAGAUGCAUGGAACGGUCGAGAGCCUAAUUUGCAUCAUCCUAGAGGGUGUCUUUGAGGUAAAUUGUGGGAAUCUUCGACGGGCUUGGCUUGUCUAUCGCAGGGCAAUGACAGUGGCCCAGCUGAUGGGCCUGCACCGCUCCCCGAUGCCUCCCCUGAAACGCAUCGACCCAGAGCUGCAAGCGGACCCCGAGUUCAUGUGGUUCCGCAUCGUGUAUAUGGACCGUUAUCUCAGCCUGCUGCUUGGUCUCCCUCAGGGCACAACCGACAAGAGUAUGGGAGCCAUAUCGGCUCUGCAGCAUGAACCACCCCUCGGCAAAUUCGAGCGACAACUCACCGUCAUUGCAUCCUGCAUCUUGGAACGCAACGAAAGCGCAUUCACCACAAGCGCAAUCAUGACAACCCAAUCCAUCGAUUCGGAGCUAUUGAGACUGUCCAGGAGCAUGCCCACAAGCUUUUGGCGGCCGGCGAAUUUUCACAACCUUACCCCCGGAUCGCCGGAGAGCCUGUUGGAAACCGUACGCUUGUCAGCCCAGGUCUACUACUAUGGCUUGUUGAUUCAUCUCCAUCUACCGUAUAUGAUGCAUGGAAUAGGCGGUCAGACCGAGCACGAGUACUCCAAGAUCACUUGCGUCAAUGCCAGCCGGGAGAUAAUGACGCGCUUCAUUGCGCACCGCACCUUUAACCCCACGUCGUCCUGCUCGCGACCCGUGGACUUUUUUGCACUUCUGGCAGCAAUGACUCUCCUGCUUGCUCAUCUCGACGCUCAUCAUCAUCGUGAAGCGACCAACAUCCUCGCUCACCAACGCUUGAGCGACCGCGCCAUACUAGAGCAAGCCCUGGAGCGAAUGGAAGUCAUCAGUAGCGUGAACAAGGACGUAAUAACCGGAAAGAGUGCCGAACUGAUCCGACGCCUACUCGACAUCGAGGCGGACGCAGCCGAGGGACGCAGUUACACCACCAGAAGUGUAACAGGAGAUGACGACCACGGGCAGGAGGGCAUUGACAAGAAACGUGACGAGCUUCGCCUGCAUAUCCCGUACCUCGGCGUCAUCAAGAUUGCGCGCCAGGAUUCUAUCUCUUGCGAGCUGCCCGGGCCCCACCAGAUGGCCCCGGUCGAGUUCUCACAGAGAGAGCCAACACUUGCCGUAUCCAACGAUGUGUUAGCGUCUUUCCCUCCUGCGUCGUCCGCGGAGGAACAGCCGCUUAACCAUCUGCACGGCACUACCCAAGCCUCCCCCUUUCAAGAGGCUCUGCCCGCAACGGAACGGCUAAACGCGCAGUUACAUGAGCAGUCCAUUCUGCAAGACCCCAGCCCUACCCACGACGACAUCACUCUGCAACCGCAUGUGGGACUUCCUGCCAUCACGGCUGGCGUUAAUGACUGGACAUUCCAGGGUGUCGACAUGGCGUUUUUCGAUAGCUUGAUGAGAGGAAUGCCCGGCGUGGAUGCCGAGUUGGAGCAGUAA